UAUUUUUAUGGUGUUCUUAUACGGAAGCGAUUCGAUAAAAAUGGGUUCAGUUUGAAGAAAUUGAAAUUCGGAAUUGAACUCCAUGGCUAAAGACGACGAACAUGGCGAACACGGAAGAAGAACACACAAGGAAAAAUCGUUUAAUGGAGAUGAGGAUGAUGUGUUGCUUAAAAAUAUGGUAUUGGAGAAAAAAAAGGAAGAAAAUGAGCAAGAGUAUUAUAAUUGUGGAUCAUGGAUUGUUAGAAGAAAUUAACAGAGAGUAUGUUGAACCUCUGGAUGGCGACAAGCAACAUGCCUCAUCCGUAGUUGUACACGAUUCAAGUGCAUCUAAUGGAAAAGAAUGACAUGCUCCACCUUCCGAAAAUGAGCCAAAAAACACAAAAUUACGGUUGAAGCUCGUAGCACAAAAAAAACCAGCUGCUCAAUGUAUUGAAAGUACUAUUACGGAUGCACAAGAAGGACCAAGCCACCCAACUAAUAUGGUGGAAAGAAUAUCUACUGAAAGUGUGCCCCAACCACUUUCGAAUUUUCGAAAAAUUUUGUUUUGAAUACUAGGCAAACCACUCAACAGAUUAAGAAGCUUAUUAAGGGUAUAAGCGAUCAAGCAGACAAAAGACAAGCAAUAACACACAUGGGUUUUGGAGGCCUUCUCCAUAUUGACUUGCCCUUCAACACACCAUUUUUCGCCGGUGAUCUGGUUUGGAAUUUUGACACCAAUAGUAUGUGCAUACUUCUCGAAAGAAACAAGGAGAUUCAUAUCAUAGCAUUAGAUGUAUACCUUGUCUAUGGAAUUCCCUUAGGAGGACAUAAGAUAAUUGAGGCGAAGGAUGAUGAAGAGAGUUUUGUAGAGUUGGUCGCUGCGUUGAAGUCAUACCAUGGUACUGUAGAUGUCCCGUCUUUGACCGAUAUUGCGGCCAAGUUAGUGAAAGCUGAUGUUGAUGAUAAUUGGAAAAGGAGCUUCUUAGUAUUGGCGGUUAACUCAUGCAUCAAAUCUACCACCAACCCACAACCACUUUUGCGAUUCCUCAGCACAUCUUAUGACACCAACCGUAUACAUGAGUUCAAUUGGUGUCAAUACGCCCUUCAAAGUCUGGUUGAUGGGACCGUGUAUUGGAAAAAAGAAACUUCACGCUUCUUUACAGGACCCUUGCCAUUCCUUAUGGUGUGCUACUUUGACCGACUUAAAAGGCUAACUUUCGAUCCUCCAAGGACAUUUCCACUUAUCUCUGCGUGGAAUAAAAAUGUCGUGAAAGAAAGAGUAGAUCUGGAAUUGACGUUCGGGUUUGGUUUGGGAACGUUGUUAGAAAGGAUCGAAGCACCUUUUUUGGUUCAGAAACCACAACAAUCGGACGUUCAACACCACCGCCAAGAGCAGCCUCAGCAUGACGAGCAGCAGGACCUAGAGCAAAGCAAGCUUCCAGCAAGUAUGGAGGAGUUUAUGCAUCAAUUCGGUGAGGUGACCAGCACAAUAGCCAAUGGUUUUGUUAAACUCACCAACCUCCUAGCAAUUGGGGAGAAAAUAUCACCAGGAAAUAUAUUUAAGGAAGAUAUGGCGUUUAACUUAGCUAACAUGUGGUCAAAGUGCUCUGGUUCUCAUCUUCCCUCUGAACUCAAUCUUAUGACUCAAGGUGGGAGCAGGUCAUUGCUUAGUCAAGACAUUGAUCUGUAUUCUUCUAUUUGGUUUGCAAAUGUCAUGGAUGAAAUUGUUAGGAAGGAAAUUGGUAAGGAGCAGGUACCCCAGCAAGAUCAACUAACCAACCAACACCAAGUACAUCAAGAACCCUUUCUUGAUCAAUCAAACCAACAAUCUGACACCUCUUUUGAGUUGAACCUGGGUUUGAGGGUGGCUUCUAGUUCAGAAAUACAUAUUAAUGAGUUUGAUUUACUACAAAGUAAUAUUUUUAUAGCUCCAGAGAAGAUUAUGCAAAACCAAAAGAUAAAAGGGCAAGAAAGCUCCCAUCAAUUUUUAGAUCUCCGUUUUUGGUUCAGUACUCUCAUUUGCUGAGUGAGAAGGAGAAAGAUGUUAAUCGCAUUUUGGAUUAUGCAUUUUGCCCAGAUCUUGAUGAAAAUGAGAUAUUGUACGAAGAUGGAGUCAACAUGCUUAUCAGAGAGUACUUUCAAACAAUGGGAAAUGAUGUUUUUAUAUGUAGUGAUGUAAUUGAUUCGUGGGUAUACAUCCUCAACGAUAGGGACAAGUUAAGAAAAAGAGGGAAACGAAUUUUCUUCCCCGUUGAAGCCUUCAUAAGUUUACUUACCCCUUUAGUUUGUAAACCAUAUCAUCAACUUGAAUUUACUUAAACACCCGUCGUGGUUGCAAUGUACAGAAUAUUCUUAUUUACAUUGAUAAUGCUGGAGAAAAAUACCAAUUUAGUGAUGAUGCAAGGCUGCAAAAAUUCAUUGACAGUUGUUCCUAUAAUAUGGAACAGCACAAUAUUAGUUCUCUCAAAGGCUAUAGUCUGAUUUUCUUCCCAAUUUAUGAACAAUCACAUUGCUGCGUGAUGUGCAUAAAUAUCAACAAUAAGACUUUGGACAUUUUGGACAACAAAAUCCUAGAGGAAGGAAUGCGACGUGAGAACAAGUAUUAUGAUUAUCCUGAAAAACUUCUAGGAGCAUUCUCCGUGUACAUGGAUAGUUUGGGACACAAAUUGAAAAGACCAUUAACCGAAUACAAUGUUCGGAUAAUAGAAAUGCCAUGGAGAAAUAAUAAAAGCAAUACGGACUGUGGAAUAUAUACAAUGAAACACAUGGAAACGUACCAUGCUAAAGAGAGAUGGGGAUGUGGCUUGGAAACGGAUAACGUGAGUUUUAUUUUUCUUCUAUUAACUUUUUGUAGACUGAUUUGGAAAGAUGGAGAUACUCCGUAUCUAAGAUAACGUUCUCCGGCAUUUCAUGUUCUUUUUUAUGAAAUUGUUGUACCUUUUCCCUAACGGAGUUUGUAUUUUAUUUUAGGAUGAUAUUUUGAAGCAACUGCGAUUAAAAUAUUCUGGUGAAAUUAUUUCCGGCAAGCAAAAUCAGAAGAAGGCUGACGUCAAUGUAAAAUCAUCAAGAUGGGCACAUGCCACCAAUUAGAUAACGUUUACAUUGUAGGGUUCUUAAGGAGAAAUAAUGUGUUUUUUUAUGAUACUGGAUCAAUUGUUAUUUUUGAGAUUUAUACUAUGUUUUUCUUUUGGUAUUAGUUUUUCACAUGUUUUGAUUGUGAGAUAGAAUGUUCUAUUAAAUUAGAAAAAUGUUCCAUGAGGUGCAACUUGGUGUUCUUCCAUAUUGUUUCAUUCUCGUUCGGUAGAGAUUUGUACGAUAUGUGAUGGGUUCGAAUCACCCUUAAUUAAGCACCCUCACUUUUUUUGCCAUUAUUGGCAUUAUGCAGUAAUAAGUUCUGAUGAUUGGUAAUG